AUGAAAUCUACUGGAACAGGCUAUUUUACAGUGAUUGGAGAUUUUGGAAGACAAGGUGAAGAUCAUCAAACGGAUGUGGCUUUACAAAUAGUUCAAUGGUGUCAGAGCGUGAAUACGAGUUGUGAUUUUUCCAUUGGUGUUGGAGAUAAUUUCUAUGAUUAUGGAGUGAGUGGAAUUCAUGAUAGUCAAUUUAAGACAAGUUUUGAGGAUGUUUAUCGACCAAGAGAGGCUUUUGGAUCACAAUUUUAUAACACUUUGGGAAAUCAUGAUUAUUACGGAUACGCUCAUGCUGAAAUUGAUUACAGCAUCAAGAAUGAUCGAGGUGGACCAGGUUCUAGUAUUUUCUAUUUACCCAACGAAUAUUAUGCUCGAGUGGUAAAAGCAGGAGAUGUGAAUAUAUUAUUAGCUGUUUUUGAUACGUCUCCCAUGAUUGAAUCAUAUUAUUCAAGUGAUAAGGUCAAUAUGACAGCACUUCUUCUUCAAAAGAACAUUGAGAAACAAUUGGAUAUCAUGCAACAAACUAUUGAUUCCUUAACAAGAAGUAACCAUGUUCAUUGGAAGAUUGCUGUUGGACAUCAUCCAAUGAAAUCUGCAGGCAAAAAUGGAGAUAAUCCUGAUAUUUCACAAAAAUUGAAGCCUCUUCUUGUUAAAAACGGCUUUUAUGUUUAUUUUUCUGGACAUGACCACAAUUUGCAAUAUUUGAAUGGAUUUGAUUGCGAUCAAAAUGGACAAUGCAUGAAUCAAAUUGUAUCUGGAGCCGGUAGCAAAGUGAAAAAGUAUGAAAUUGAUCCUUCCCAUCCUUACCUCCAACAAUACUAUGAAGAAUCAGGUUUCACAGCUGUAGAAAUUUCUCAAUCCCAAAUGCAACUUUCUUUCAUUAACUACAAAGGCCAUACCAAGGGACAAUUCUCCAUCUCCAAUCCUUCACAGUAUCGUUCAUGA